AAAGUUUGGAACAUCGAACCAGUUAAGUUUGCUAUUGUGACUAAAAAUGGUGCGAAAUUUGAAGACUUAGACAUAGAAGGUUUGUUAACAGUCAAAGAAAAUUUUGACAGAAGGUUCUCAAACCUUAAAGAAGGCAAAGCAUACAAACUUGUUAUACCUUAUGAACCAAAGAAGACAGACGACUAUGAAUAUUAUGAGUCUAAGAUAGUUGAAGUUCAAGGUAAAUUAGGUAAAAAGAUUUUAGAGUCUAAGCCAGUGUUUGCUCCUAAAGAGGAAGAGAACAUUGACAUUGACCCAGAAAUGUUCUAA